AUGUUUCACUCAGUGGCCGUGUACACAAAAGGGAUGCAAGCCUUGUAUCUGAAGUAUUUCAAGGACAGACACCUGGAGCUAAACACCGACCAUAGAGAUGUCGACUUCUAUUGCAAGCAUCUACAGCGCUAUGAUGUUCAGCUGAAGAUGGCCGAGAGACUGCCGGAGUCCCAACGUCUGGGGAUGUUUCUCAUCGACCUCACUCCCUACAAAGAGUACGUCCGGCAAUGCUCCGUGGACAGCCUGCAACAACUGCAGUUAGAGUUAAACGCAGAUGUCGUACAUAGAACCAGGUUAUUGAUCGAGAAACUGAAUGAUCUGCACACUACACUAGAAAGUCACCCAACAACUCUAGUGCCACUCUUCAAGCGUCUAACAGCCCUGGACUCAUACAACCAGAUUCUGCAGAAUGUGGAGAACUCAGACAUCAGCCAGAUCGGAGCUCUCUACAGUGUCAUAGACAGGUUCGAUGUGCCGCACACCGAGGUGGACAGGCGAGCGUUUGAGUCCACCCACUACCUUAUCACCAGUGCUCGGCAUGUAGCAGAGGCCUGCCUACCCGACAGGGAGGGGGUAGUUGAUGCCAUUGACAAAUGCCUGGCUAGAGAUGUCCGGUAUUUGUAUGUCCAGGUUAAACGCGUGGUGAGACCGCUAGUUGAAGCUGAAGUCUUGCUGGACGGCAAGUCGGACCAUGAGGAGAUCUGGAAACAGCUGGUUAAGACUGAGGAUGUUGUGAGAACUUACGUGACCAUGGCGAACUUUGUCAGGGAAGUUCAACGUUAUCUCGGGAUGCCCAAUACACGAUUCACAGAAUUGUUCAACCUAUCUUCUCGCUACGUCAACACGCGCAAUCUAUGGCUUCUAAUGGCUGACUGGGAUAUUAAAUUAGAAAAGUGGAAGAAUCAAAGUUUCCAGACACUGGACAUUCAAGAGAUCAACAGCUACACGUUCAAGUACAUGGAGGCCUGCGAUAAGCUGGAGAGGUUGUUACCGAAGAAUACUGUCAUCUCUGUGUUUGAGGAAAAGCGCAGGGGAAGGGGGGAGUCGUUAUUUUGA